AUGGAGGAUCCAGGACUUGAUGAAAUUGCUGGUCAAUUAUCCGACCUGGAAGUGGCACUUCUUCUGUGUCUGGCUGCUCGUGAGCAUUGCCUGAUCGAGACCACCAGUCAUGGUAUUCAUGACCUCGCCAAGGAACUUGCCUUGAUUGCCACGUCUACUUUUAAUUAUACCUAUUGCAUUGUCGAUUGCUCCUCGGCAACAUCUAUUGACGAUAUCACCAAUGAGGUUCUUACUCCUGAUGCUCGUACACAUUACCGCCUUCCGCGUCCCUGGCUGAACACUGAACCAUCAAGCAAACGCUCAUCUUACAAAAGCUUCGAUGACCCUAUCAAGGGACCAGCACCCAUUGCUCACCUCGCUAGCAGUAAUGUCGUCAAUAUCGUGAUCGCGAAAAACUUUAACUUCGUCAGCGAUGAUAUUCAAGUACACAUUCUACAGUUGAUGCGAUCAAGGGAGCUAAUCGUCGAGAACGGCGCCCUUAAUGCACCCGAUGAAUUCCUUUUUAUCCCUCUUGUAUCUCGAGACUCCAAUCAACUUCAACCACCUUUGAAGUUCCACCUGAACGACAACCUCUUCAUCUCUCAUUUUCAUAGUCCGGAGUCCGGAUACACAUAUCUCGAGGAAAAUGAUUGGCUGUCCGAUGGGCAGCUCUCCGCCUCUUCUGUUAUUCACACCUCAAAAGAUCUUCUGAAGAAGGGGCCAGCUAUUACUCAAAAUGUGAUAGAACAACUGCGAGAGGCAAGCGCUACGGUAUCAACAAGUGCUGAAGUUGUUCGAUACAUCCAAGACAUAGUUGUCUUUCUACGGCUCAGCCGUGCUGUUGCUGGCGGUAUAUCUGCCAAAGCUAACAUCCAAUUUACUCGAUUUGCACAACUUCUGGCACCGCUACAUGGAAUCGAUUAUCUUACUCCCUCAAUCGUGGCCCUGGCUGCAAAAAAGAUCUUCCGCCAUCGCAUCAUCGUCACAGCUCCGGGCCAAGACCGCAGUCUACAAUACGGAAGUAAUCUACAUGCAGUAUCUCAGGUUCUCACUGACGUCACACCCGAUUCAAUCCUAGAUGGUGUUCUUGCUUUAGAGCCACCGCUAUAA